UGCUCUGUAUGAUUGUCUGACUUUCUUGCAAGAAUAAACCUCUUUUUUUGUUUUGUUUUUUUUUUAGUUAUUGUCUCACAACAAGAGUUGGAAAUAUUUUUCCAUACCAAGGAGAGCGUAUCAGAGUGAAGUUCUCAUGGCGUCUCUCCAUACAUUACUGAUUCUGUGUGGAUGUGCCACAGCCCUGUGUUUGCCAACAUCUUCACUCACUGGCAAUGCAAUAUUUGAUGUGGAUAAUGGAAAAGACCUGGAUAUAUUUGAAAUAAAUGAAGCGGCAGGACUUGACCUGGUGGAAGGAGACAUUCUGAUAAAGGAGGGAGAAGGCAGAAACACUAUCCUGGGUGAAAAGUAUCGCUGGCCGACCACUGUGCCAUAUGUCCUCGACAGCAGCCUCGAAAUCAAUGCUAAAGGUGUGGUACUGAGAGCACUUGAGCAAUACAGACUUAAGACCUGUAUUGACUUUAAACCUUGGGAUGGAGAGCCAAACUACAUUUUCAUAUUUAAAGACGAUGGGUAAGAAAACACUACACACAUUUA